AUGGACAUAGGGAAUCAAUGGUUAUCUAACAGUCAGUCUUCAGGUGAGAUCUCAGUUUAUCUUAAACAGAGUUAAGGCAGUUUUUCUUGCAUGUAUGUAUUGAUUUAUUUACCAUCUUAAACAGUGAAGUAUAACGGCUUGGUAAACCAGGGAGCGACUUGUUACCUGAACAGUGUGCUGCAGGUGCUUUUUAUGACUGAGGACUUCAGGGAGGCCGUGGAAAGGUUUGUUAUAAAGUCUGACUUCAGUUCAGCUCUUGUGGAUUUUUGUAUGACCACUGUUUCCUUACUUUGUUUAGGUCUCCUGGGACUGAGAAUAUCGAUCAUCAACUGAAAAGUUUGUUUGAUAAAUUAAAAAAUCAAACUGCCAACACCUUUCAGAUCACAGACAAGCUUGGCAUCAAACAAGGUACAUGUUAGUAACAGAGUGUGAUGAGUUUACAUUAAAGAUUUAUUGAGAAGACUCUUGAAAUAACGUCAGACUGUAUUUAAAGAAAGAUAAGUGCCAUUUAACAGUAAUAUUAGCACGACAUAUAGAUCAUAUAUGAAAUAACCUCUGCAGUAAUACAAUGUGAGAUUUUUGAGUUGAUGUUACUCUUUAUAUGGUAAUUCAACACAAGACGAAAAAAAGAAUAAUUGAAAAGGUCGAGAAAAAUAUUAAAGAAAACAUACUUACACACCGACUCAGGGCCGACAUGGGCCAUGAUAACAGGUGACAUUGUUAUAUAUAACAGUGUGUCAUCUGUAAAAUUAUUAUAACUAAGUUUUUGUUUAUUUUAAUUUGAGCCAGUGAGAGAGUGUAUAGGAAAACAGAGGAGGCCCCAGAAUGGAGCCUUGGGGUACCCCACAUGUAAUUUAAACACACUAUAAAUUUAUCUUUUCUUUCUCAGUGUAUAAACAGAGAGAUGCUGCCGAGUACUAUGAGAAGAUUUUAAAUCUGACCAGUGAUGAGGCAUCACAGGUAAAGUAAUUAUGAAGUUAAAGAUGCAAAUUAAGUUUCAAAUACCUGUUAACCUUUAUCUUUUUUGUCUUUGUCAGAUCUUUCAUGGAGAGCUCACUCACCGGACGACAUGUUUAAAUUGUGAAACACAAACUGAUGCAGACGGGAAAUUUUGGCAUCUUCCUCUGACUCUGGUGAACUCCUACAGUGAAUAUAAAGUGGUAUGAAUAUGAAAACCUGCACAUUUUCAAAACAUUUUUAACAUCUAAGAUAUGAAAUUUGUAAUAUUUCUGAUCUUUGUUUUAUCAGCUGGAUGGCGUUGACGACUAUUUCAGUGCUACGGUGUUCAGAGGUGAAAACCAGAUCUAUUGUGAUGAAUGUGAUGAUAAACAUGAUGCCACUACUGUGAGUUAUACCUGAAAAAGUUUCUAAUUUGUGUGCUUUAACUUUGCCAUGGAAUCCUGGGAUUUCUACACUGCAUGUGUGCUUGUUGAUAGUUUUACACUGACACUGCUACCAUGUAAUAUCGUUGUUUUUUUUAGCAAUGUGUUGUGAAGCAUCAUCCAGAGGUUCUGAUGCUGCUGCUGAAGAGAUUUAAGUUUAACUACAACUUCAUGACUUACACCAAAAUCAACCACAAUGUCAGUUUCCCCCACAAACUAAAGAUACCAGAGGUAUGAAAACACUCAGAUUUGGAGGAUUUUUUAAAUACAACUUUCUCUGUUGGUUCAAUAAUUUCAUGUGUCAUUGUUUCCACUGGUGACCAGAAUCAGCUGUAUGAACUGUAUGCAGUUGUGGAUCAUGUUGGAGAUCUUAGAUCUGGACAUUACACAUCAACUAUCAAGUCCAGUGAGGAUGGCAGAUGGUACAUGUUCAAUGAUUGCAGCGUCACACUGGUGAGUCUUUAACCUGGGUGUUAAUUAACGUUAAUUAUGACAAUACAGAAAAUAUUCAUCACACCUGAAUUGUAUAUGUGAUGUUUGAUUAUUAUUUACAUUUACAGCUUGAUGACCAGCCAGUCCAGACAGAAAACUCUGAGAGGUAAGUCCAAGUCAUUGAGUUGUUGCAUGUAUGAGGUUGUAAACAUGUAUGAUUGACUCAAUUUUGGAGCCAGCCUCAAGUGACCUUGCUCUUGGUUCCUCAUUUUCCUCCAAAAGUUGUAGCAGAUUCAAAUAAUUCUGAACUUACAAACAUCCUCACUUAAAUCUAACUCCUCCCCAAAACGUCUGUAAUGUUUUAAAAGUAUCAAAGCUUAUGUUUGUAGAGGCUUCAGGGCUUGGAGCAGAAAUAGAUAAGGUGUAUUAAAGACUGAAGGACAUGAAGAGAGCAGGAAAAUUAGGGUCUCUCAGAGAACACUGGGAAUAAUGAAGAGGACAGGUGUAGCAUUUUAAAUUUAUAAUAAAUGUCCUAAGAUUAAUAAUUGAUAAUAAUCUAAAAUCAUGUAUGCACUCAUUGCAAGGUACACCUUCCACCUUUGAUGAUGGGAAAAUAAAGAAAACAAAAGUUAAAUUCAGAAAUCAAACAUUCAGUCAAUCCUAAAUUAAUCAUCAAACCAUUGAACUUUACUCAAAAUCACCCCACUUUCUUUUAUUUCCCUGCAGAUCCAACAGCGCUUACCUUCUCUUCUACAGGAAAAUCAAAGGUAGGACAGUGACAUUUCAUAUUGCUAAUUUGUCUUUUGUAAUGACAAUUAUAUGAAUUCAUUUUACAACCACCUUCUUUCCAGUGCCUGGGAUGAGGGACAAGUCUCCAAAGGAAAAACAGUCACUAAAGACGAAAUAUAUAGAGGAGAAAAAUGAGGAAGAAACCCCUAUGGAAAUGAACAUGGUACCUCCAACUCAGAAAAAGGCCAGUGGAAACAGAGGAAAGAUUUCAGCAAAAAACAAAAGGUGGAGAAAAAAGGGGAAACAAAGCAGAAGAGGAAGAUGAGACAAGCAACUUAAGGCAUGAGGCAGAUAAGAGACACAGCAAGGAUAGAAAGAGUCAGACUAGGACAAAAUCAUGUACAUAAUGUAUCAUGUACUAAUAAAGAGACAGAUAAAGUGAGUUUAAUAAAUGUAUGAAGAUAUCAUAUAAUAUACACUCCUGAAUUGUUUGACAUGAUUUAAAAUAUGGAAAUGUAUGUCACCAAAUAUUUGUGUGUUUGUUGUCUGACCUUUUUUUUUAUAAUCAAAUCAGGAGGAAAAAAUGUGUUUAACUAUUAAAAACUGAUCAGUUAAUGACGGCAGCUGUGUGUUUAAUUUGAGGUACAAGUCUCUUCAGGAUGUUAAAAAAUGUGUUUGGAGAGUAAAGAGAGUGCAUGGACUACAGCACCCCCCAGUGGAAGUUAAACGUCAGAUCAUGACGAUCUCAUUCUCUGCUUAUUUAGCUUUAACUGUACUAAUUAUAUAAAAAAAAUGUCCUCGGUGUUCAACGCAAAAAUGGCAGGUUUUAUAAUCUACAGUCUGUUAUAUUAUCAAGAGUUUCAGAGAAUCUGGAGGAAUCAGUUCAACAGAGACAAGUCUGAAAACUGAAACUGUCCAGCAGUGAUCUUUAGAACCUCACUGCAUUAAAAAUGUUUCAAUAAGACAACGCCAAAACACAUUCUGCUGAUAAAACAGCAGCAUGAAUUGUUGAGCAGCUGAAACUCCAGACUAAUCUCCUCAUUUCCAAAACAUGUCCAGAGUUUCCCUGAAAAACUCAAAACACUCCUGUCAUCUGAAACUACAACACUGACAUGAUUCAUGUUUGUCUAUGGCUCACCCUUCAUCUACAGUCUCUUAAAACACUCUGGACCAAUUGUCUUUUAUUUUCUUGUCACUUGUGGGAGGCACCUGUUAAUGUUUAAAAAUUCCUACAGACCCUAAAUGCAGCAUUCCUGUACCAGGGAGAGCAACAAGCGAAACAGAAACUUUGACCAGUGUAAUUUUUUGUUCAGCAAACGUGAAAGUAUUUGUGGAAAAACACCAAAAAAGAGAGAUUUCUGCUUAAACCAGUUUGUUUUUGUAAGUUUGACUCUCUAAAACUGAAGGUAAGCGUCUGUUUCUUUGUAUUUGUGUUAAAUAAAGAUUUUUUUUGUCACGAGCUUUAUCGUCAAAUGGAAAUUCUUCGCAGCUGCCAGCAGCAUGUCAAUGUACUGAAGAAAAACAAAAAACAGCAUUAGGAAAUCAAAAUGAGUCACCCCUGGAAUAAUGGAGGACGUGUUCUGUACAGUCCUCUCUCAGGUAAGAUGUACGCCCAAAUAAGAUGCUCAUAGUCUGAAUAAUGACAGUUCUGUUAUUUACAUGUAUUUUCAACAAUCUUUUAACAGUCAAGUAUAACGGCUUGGUAAACCAGGGAGCGACUUGUUACCUGAACAGUGUGCUGCAGGUACUUUUUAUGACUGAGGACUUCAGGGAGGCUGUGGAAAGGUUUGUUAUAAAGUCUGACUUCAGUUCAGCUCUUGUGGAUUUUUGUAUGAUCACUGUUUCCUUACUUUGUUUAGGUAUCCUGGGACUGAGGAUAUCGAUCUUCAGCUGAAAAGUUUGUUUAAUAAACUGAAAAAUCAAACUGCCAACACCGUUCAGAUCACAGACAAGCUGCGCAUCAAAAAAGGUACAUGUUAGCACACAGAGUGUGAUGAGUUUACAUUAAAGAUUCAUUGAGAAGACUUGAAAUAAUGUCAGACUGUAUUUAAAGAAACAUGAGUGCCAUUUAACAGUAAUAUUAGCAUGACAUAUAGAUCAUAUAUGAAAUAACCUCUGCAGUAAUACAAUGUGAGAUUUUUGAGUUGAUGUUACUCUUUUUAUGGUAAUUCAACACAAGACGAAAAAAAUAAUAAUUGAAAAGGUCGAGAAAAAUAUUUAAAAUAAAGAUACUUACACACCGACUCAGGGCUGACAUGGGCCAUGAUAACAAGUGACAUUGUUAUAUAUAACAGUGUGUCAUCUGUAAAAUUAUUAUAACUAAGUUUUUGUUUAUUUUAAUUUGAGCCAGUGAGAGCGUGUAUAGGAAAACAGAGGAGGCCCCAGAAUGGAGCCUUGGGGUACCCCACAUGUAAUUUAAACACACUAUAAAUUUCUCCUCCCUUUCUCAGUGUAUAAACAGAGAGAUGCUGCCGAGUACUAUGAGAAGAUUUUAAAUCUGACCAGCGAUGAGGCAUCACAGGUAAAGUAAUUAUGAAGUUAAAGAUGCAAAUUAAGUUUCAAAUACCUGUUAACCUUUAUCUUUUUUGUCUUUGUCAGAUCUUUCAUGGAGAGCUGACUCACAGGACGACAUGUUUAAACUGUCGUACACAAACUGAUGCAGACGGGAAAUUUUGGCAUCUUCCUCUGACUCUGAUGAACUCCUCCAGUGAAUAUAAAGUGGUAUGAAUCUGAAAACCUGCACAUUUUUAAAUCAUUUUAACAUCUAAGGUAUGAAAUUUGUAAUAUUUCUGAUCUUUGUUUUUUUAGAAGGAUGGCGUUGACGACUAUUUCAGAGCUUCGGUGUUCAGAGGUGAAAACCAGAUGUAUUGUGACCAAUGUGAUGACAAACAUGAUGCCACUACUGUGAGUAAUACCUGAAAAUGUUUCUAUUUCGUGUGCUAUAACUCUGCCGUGGAAUUCAGGGAUUUCUAUCUUGCAUGCGUACUUGUUGAUAGUUUUACACUGACACUGCUACCAUGUAAUAUUGUUGUUUUUUUUAGCGAUGUGUUGUGAAGCAUCAUCCAGAGGUUCUGAUGCUGCUGCUGAAGAGAUUUGAGUUUAACUACAACUUCAUGACUUACACCAAAAUGAACCACAAUGUCAGUUUCCCCCAUAAACUAAAGAUACCAGAGGUAUAAAAACACUCAGAUUUGGAGGAUUUUUUAAAUACAAAUUUCUCUCUCGGUUCAAUAAUUUGAUUGUUAUUGUUUCCAUUGAUGACCAGAAUCAGCUGUAUGAACUGUAUGCAGUUGUGAAUCAUGUUGGAGAUCUUAGAUCUGGACAUUACACAUCAACUAUCAAGUCCAGUGAGGAUGGCAGAUGGUACAAGUUCAAUGAUCGCAGCGUCAAGCGGGUGAGUCUUUAACCUGGGUGUUAAUUAAAGUUAAUUAUGACAAUACAGAAAAUAUCCGUUACACCUUAUUUGUAAAUGUGAUUUUUGAUUAUUAUUUAUAUUUACAGCUUGAUUACCAGCCAUUCCAGACAGAAAACUCUGAGAUGUAAGUCUAAUUGAGUUGUUGCAUGUAUGAGGUUGUAGAUGAGGAAGUCAACAUGUAUGAUUGACUCACUUUUGGAACCAGCCUUAAGUGGCCUUGCUUUCGGUUCCUUAGUUUGCUUCAAAGGUUGUUGCAGAUUCAGAUGAUUUUGAACUUACAAACACUCUUGUUUGAAUAACCCUAACUCCUGGAAACUCCUCCCUAAAACUUUUGUAAUAUUUUAAAAGCAUCAAAGCUUAUGUUUGUAAGCUUUGCUUUGCAAGCAUUAAGUGGCACCAUAAUGACUGAUGGAAUAAAGGGCUUAUAUUUCCAAGCCCUCACAAAAACACCUCCAGAUGUCCGCUGGAAUGGGAUGUUCUUGUCCAGAUUUGCUCUGUGUCGAUCAAAGAAGCUCUUGUUUUGAAUAAACUCUUCUCCCAUUAGAAAUAUCCAUCAGUAGAUGACUAAAUACGAUAAAAAUAUUAAAAAGUACAGUGAAAAUUGCAAAAAAAAAAUAACAGAGAGACCAGACUCUGCUACCACUUGAGCACAGGAUCUAGAAAAUAACCCUGAGCUUUUAUUUAAAAUCACCCCACUUUCUCUUACCCCACUUUCUGCUGCAGAUCCAACAGCGCUUACCUUCUCUUCUACAGGAAAAUCAAAGGUAGGACAGUGACAUUUUAUGAUGCUAAUUUGUCUUUUGUAAUGACUAUUAUAUGAAUUCAUUUUACAACCACCUACUUCCCAAUGCCUGCUGCAGAAACCUGUACUCCAGAGGACACCAGGGAAGAGUUCGUACCUGGACACCAUUUACCUUCAACCAGAGAUCUUACUGACCAGCAACAAGACACUGUUAUGGUGGAGGAGAAAGAAGUAGCAGAAGAAAGUAAGGCAUUUGAAAUGGUUGGUUCUGCUGAAGAUGAAGACAGAGUUGGUGUGAGGUUUGUAAGAGAGGCGCAACCACCUGAGCCCUGCUACAGUGCAGCAGACCAGGAGAAUGAAGUGAUGGUCAAGAGUAAAAAGAAAUAUAAGGAUGGACAGAUGGACAGAGAUAAACUGAGAGACAGGAAAGGACAUCAGAACGGUGACGGUUUAGAUGUUGGAAAGGGCGUGGGAAGAGAUCCAUAUGUUAGAUGGAGAGGUGAACAAGGUACCAGUUCUUCUAGAGGUGUGGAAAGUAUAGAAAGGGAUUUCAAAGUUAAUCCAGAAGUGAAGACAGGAGCAAAUGAACAGAAAACAAAGAGCAAGAAGCAUGUGACAAGAACAGAUCCUGGCGAUGGUAUGAAUUGUGGCGAUUUAAGGUUUGACAAGAGCAGGCAGAGUGAGGGAAAAGAUGAUCAGACAUAUAAACAAAGGAGCAGCUACAGACACAGCAUGAAUGAUCAACAGAAAGAGAUGACCAUGGAUGUCCACAGAGCAGGGAACAGAAAAUAUUAUAUGUCUUUGUACAGAGAAUCAUCUUCAACAAAGCCUGGAGAAGAUACAGUCAAGAGACACUCAGAUGAUACUGAUCAUGAGAGAGCAGACACCAGGCCAAAAUCUGUUCAGGCAGCAGGAGAGCAGGAAAAGAAGGGAGACUUAAAGGUUUAUCAAAACAGAACAGAGGCAAGAAGGUCAAAGGAGACAAAGGGUCAGGGGGAAGUAAGGAAGAGUGGAAUGAGGGCUGAGUUUGAUGAAAGUAUUGUGGAAGAAAAACAGUCACCAAAGAAGACAGAUGCAGGUGUAGAGGAGAAAAAUGAGGAAGAAAUCUCAAAUUGGAAGGACGUGGAACUUCCAACUCAGAAAGAGACCUCACGAAACAAAAGACAGAGUUUCGAAAGGAUAAAAAAAUACAUUUUUAGUAAGAUGGAAACAAAAUCCAACACAGGAGCAGAACCCAAGAUUGGUUUAAGGUCGAAGAUCAAAGCCAAUAAAGUGAAUCACAAAGUACAGGAAGAUGAGUCAAGCCACUUAAAGAUGAAGAGAGUCAAUACAGGAGCUGAUACAGGAGAGCAGGCAGCUGCUGUAAAGUAUGAGGGAGAAACGGGACAUAGUGAGGAUGGAAAGAAAAAGGGGAAAAGUCUGUCAUGUAUUCUCUGUUUUAUUCCAGAUGAUGGAAACUAA